AAAUUAUAAAAAAGAGAGGAAAAAAAUGAAUAAGAAAAAUUAAUUCCUGGAUCUGAAAAAUAUAUUUAAUACAAUUGAUUGAUUAAUUAAUACGUUUUAAACGAACGAAUUUCGGCGCCUCUAAGAAGAUGGCGCUAGCUUUAGAACAGGUUAGUAAACAUGAAGUUAGUAUUGUUAACGUAACCUAAAUCGUAAUCGACCGAUAUAAAAUUAUUACAAAUAAAUAUUAAAAACAAUGUUGAAAAAUAUUAUUCCUGUUAAAACGAUAUGUUCGACGUUUCCACCGUGGAAAAAUGGAAUACGAUCGUUUUUUAAUAUAAGAAAAAUAAAACGUGCGUUUAAACGUUAUUUUGAUCAGUCAGAAACUAAACCUCCUUACUUUCAUAUUACGCAAGUUGGUGAUCCUGUUUUGCGAGCGCCAACUUUGCCGAUAAAUCUCGAAGUUAUUCAAUUGUUUCAAUUUCAAAUGGCUAUAAAACAAAUGAAAAUAAUUAUGGAAAAUUAUGAUAUUGUUGGAUUAUCUGCUUGUCAAAUUGGUUUACCAUGGAAAGUUUUUAUGAUACAAGUUACAGAAAAACAUUUAAAAGAAAUUGGUGAAAACUUGGUAAAAAUUCGUGAAAUGGAAGUGAUACCGUUCCAAGUAUUUAUUAAUCCUACCAUUCGUAUUAUAAAUCAUAAAUUAGUUUCAUUUCCUGAAGUAUGUGCUAGUGUUCGAGGUUACUCAGCAGAAGUACCUAGAGCAAGAGAAGUUGAACUUAAGGCUAUAAAUGAUUCUUCCGAAGAAGUUACAGUCAGAUUCAAAGGAUGGGGAGCUAGAAUCGUUCAACAUGAAAUGGACCAUUUGAAUGGAAUAUUAUUCACGGAUAAAAUGAAUAGACGAACGUUUUCUUGUUGUUGUUGGAAUGAAGUGAACAAGCAUAAAGGAUUCAUUGAGAUAAGAUUCGAUUCGUAAAAUUCAUAUGAAUGAUUUUGAAGAAAAUAUAUAGACAAAUAUGUAUAUCUUCGCCGAUGCUUUGCGAGCCCCAUAAUUCUGCACCGACUCUGGCAUAUGUGAAAGUCAUCGAGCCGAUUGGUAGAAAAUAUGUUAGGAUCAUAAAGAUUACGUUGUAUCUGUGAAAA